AUGAAUGUCUUUUCAACGGGAUGUUACCCACAGUCGCCGGAUGCUGCUGCAAAUAGCAGUCAUCCAACGAAAAGACAGAUCCACCGUCCCGAUCAAUACGCAUCAGUUGAUCGUCAAGAUUCAUUAAUGCUUUGUCAAGAACUUCAAGCAAAGGAUGGAAUCGAUUUUAUGGAUGAGAGUAUGGAUUUAACACCGUACCUAAAAGAUCUUCAAGAUGUUGAUGCAAACGAUUUGGGUGAAGAAUUUCUUGAAAAGCAAAAACUCAUCGAGAAUGAUAUCAUUUAUCAAGGGCCGUUCUCCAAUGCGCAUUACACUGAUUUGGAUUUGAGAGAAUCGGAUAUGUUCAAUGAGGAUAAAUUGGUGGGGCUGCCGUCAUCACAGUCGACUGCAUAUGAUAUUACAAGUGAUGUGCAGGUGUCAGGACGUAACAUCGGUUUGAAAUCAGAAAUACCAUGGGAGGAUAAUGAGAAAAUGAGUAAGAAGGAGUGUUCGAAUGAUAUCAGCAAUGAAACCACAACAACGAUAUCUUCGUCAUCGUCAUGCUCAAACAAAUGUGAUAUCGGCACACAGUCAACACCAUCUCAACCACGACCUUCCACAUCCAGAUUAAUUCGCACUCCCAAACAACAAGUCGAAUUACAAUUCACACCCACUAUCAAACCUAGAAAAUAUUCGUUGAAACCUGAGUCGGAGAAGAAGAGUGCGUUAUAUCGUUUGAAACGUGAGAAGAAUAACGACGCAGUACGUAAGUCGCGUGAGAAGGCACGAAAGCAACAGAUGAUGAAGGACAACCAAAUAAAAGAACUGCAACAAGAAGUUGCGAAUAUGAACAAUUCACUGAAGAACAAAGACAAACGAAUUGAAACACUCGAGGGGAAACUCAAGGAAGAACAUUCGCAUGUCAUUCAAUUGACAGCUGAAAACAAACGUCUUAGAAACGAAUUGUUCAAAAAAAGGUUUCCCAAAUACUAA